AUGGCAAAGAGAAAAAGGCGCUCCUGCAAGCCCAACCCCUCCAAACCCUCUACUGGUCGGCCUAGAGGUCGGCCUCGUCUUCAGCGCGUUGAAGCCACCGAGUCUGGAACUGUCCCCGCAGCCUCAAGUGCCGUCUCUCCCUCCCAUGGCAAGACUGUCGAGCAAGCGACAGCUCAGCCGGCGGAUAUAGGAUCCUUUGAUACCACAAAAAAGGAGCCAGAUCUGGGAGUGCCAAACCAGUCUCUUCCUGAAACCGUUUCUACUACUGCUCCUGCUUCUUCUGAAGGUGCUUUCAUGGACACUGGGUCGCACCUGCCCCCUGUGGAACAGAGCAAUGACUUGCCGAAUACUGCAAAACGAUCAAAGUCACUCCCAAGUCAUGGCAGGUACAACCUUCGGAGAGUAGCUCGAGCUAAGACAGAGGAAGCUGCAGUCCACAGUGGCGGGGAUGGCGGGGUACCUCAACGUGGCUCUGACACCGAAUCAGAUGAAACUGUUCGAGCUUCUCCUGCAGCUGAUCCAUCUUCGGUUGGUAUUGGAGAUGGAUUAACUGUUAGAUUUCCAAUGACCGCAGAUGUGCGGCCUCAUCUUGUUCCCAAGGUCAUCGACUACUUGGCCAAAAAGGGGUACAGCCGUACAGAGGCCAUGCUUCGCAUGGAAUCUGCGAAUCAAGAGAUCGACGGUCGCCCCUUGCCCCCUCUUGGAGAGGAUGCACGUCCCAAAUACAGACUCGGUUUUGAUCUACUCAAGGUCUGGGUUGAAGAUAAUCUGGACUUGUACAAGCCGGAACUGCGACGUGUCUUGUGGCCACUCUUCGUUUACUCGUUCCUCAACAUGGUGACUUCUUUCUACCCACAAGAAGCCAAACAAUUCUUCGACCUCAACAAGAACCUUUUCCUACCAGAGCACACCGAUGAUGUGCGUGGACUAGAACCUAUCAGUCUUCCUGAGCAUGUGCAGGACAACUCCAUAGCCAAACUUUAUCGUGGCAACAAGUACCGCUUGGUUCUUAGCAACCCGGCGUUCGCGAGUCUCAUGCAGUUCUUGGAAAGCAAGCAAAAGGAAGGGGGCUCAGUCAUGUCUGCUAUUCUCAGUAGCUUUUGCACCAUCAUCACAAAGGAGCGUGCGGUCGAUGACAGAUUCAGUUUCGCUGCCCUAAUGGGCCAAGCUGGCACUGGAGAGACUUUCCCUAAUGAAGAUGAAGGUAUUCCCGGGCACCACCCUGGCUCAGCCUAUACUGGUGACAACCCUGCUAUGGCUGGCACUUUGCCUAGACUUAAGCUUGGAAAGCUUCCCAUGGAAGAAACACUGGCAACUGAUGUCAGAGGCGAACUUGCCGAUGAAGAUGCGAAGAACCCUCCCGGCCCUGGCCACAAUACUCUUAUCCAAGAAUUUGAUCAAAUGAUCAAAAAGGAAGAAGAUGAUGAGGCUCCUACUCGCGCUGAUAUCCCCUAUCCCCCUUCCACGGCUCGUGAUGUUGCUAUGGAAGUUCAGAAAGUCAAAGAAAACCGCGAUAGAUUCAGAAUUGAAGGCCGCACUGGUGGCGUUGGCCCCGCCGUCAGUAUUUGCAUGUUCACCUUCCACAAUACCUAUGAUGGGGUGAACUGUCUGGACUUCUCCGAUGACAACAUGCUCGUUGCAGCUGGUAUGCAGGAGUCAUAUAUCCGCGUGUGGAGCAUGGAUGGAAAGAGGAUCGAAACGACUUAUGACAACGUGGAAGAUACAGCCCCAUCCAACUCUCGCCGUCUGAUCGGCCACUCCGGACCUGUUUAUGCAGUGAAAUUCGCUCCGUCGAUUACUCGCACGGAAAACGCCGUGGCACCAACUAACGCACGCUGGCUGCUUUCGUCUUCUGCCGACAUGACUAUCAGGCUCUGGUCUUUAGACUUGUGGCAGUGCAUGGUUGUGUACAAGGGACAUGAUCAGCCUGUGUGGGAUCUUUCUUGGGGACCUUACGGACACUAUUUUGUCUCUGGUUCCCACGACAAGACAGCCCGUCUCUGGGUUACGGAUCACAUUCGCCAGCAACGUUUCUUUGUUGGGCAUGACCAGGAUGUUGAUUGCGUUUGCUUCCAUCCAAACUCAGCUUAUGUUUUCACGGGCAGCUCUGACCAUACGGUUCGCAUGUGGGCGGUUACCACGGGUAAUGCAGUUCGUAUGUUCACUGGACAUACCGGCAAUAUCACAGCGCUGUCAUGCAGUCGCGAUGGCAAGCUCCUCGCCUCUGCCGAUGACCAUGGAUCAAUUCUUCUGUGGGACCUGGCUCCUGGUCGGCUGCUGAAGCGUAUGCGCGGUCACGGGAAAGGAGGCAUCUGGUCUCUUAGCUGGAGUGUUGAAUCCACGGUUUUGGUCUCUGGAGGUGCAGAUGGAACUGUUCGUGUGUGGGAUGUUACCGGUCCUGCUCAAGACCCAUCACAGGGGCGCGUUGUUGGAGAAGGUGGCGCCGGCACAAAGGUCGAUGCUGGUAAUCCUCCUGCUUCCGGCGCGCAAGCUUCAGGCUCCGUUGGUCCUGGGAUGGGAAAGAAGAAGGGCAAGGACGUGGUCGUUACUCCCGAUCAAAUCAGUGCUUUCCCCACCAAGAAGAGUCCGGUUUACCAGGUGAAAUUCACCAACAUGAACUUGAUUAUUGCUGGAGGGGCUUAUCUUCCAUGA